AUGCAUGCGCCCACUAUCUAUCUAUCUAUCUAUCUAUCUAUCUAUCUAUCUAUCUAUCUAUGCACCUUCCACCAAAAAGAGAGAAAUAGUUGGAUAGAACGUGUACAGUUCAAAGAAAUAGUAAAAUCAAUUCUGAGCGAGUUCGAAUCUAUCUAUCUAUCUAUCUUGUCUCAUCAUAUCUAUCUAUCUAUCUAUCUAUCUAUCUUGUCUCAUCAUAUCUAUCUAUCUAUCUAUCUAUCUAUCUAUCUAUCAUGUUGUCUCAUCAUAUCUAUCUAUCUAUUUUACCUUCUUCAUUAUCUAUCUAUCUAUCUAUCUAUCUAUCUAUCUAUCUAUCUCAUCAUAUCUAUCUAUCAUGUUGUCUCAUCAUUAUCUAUCUAUCUAUCUAUCUAUCUAUCUAUCUACCAUGUUGUCUCAUCAUAUCUAUCUAUUUUACCUUCUUCAUUAUCUAUCUAUCUAUCUAUCUAUCUAUCUAUCUAUCUAUCUAUCUAUCUAUCUCAUCAUAUCUAUCUAUCAUGUUGUCUCAUCAUUAUCUAUCUAUCAUGUCUCAUCAUAUUUAUCUAUCUAUUUUACCUUCUUCAUUCUCUAUCUAUCAUGUUGUCUCAUCAUUAUCUAUCUAUCUAUCUAUCUAUCUAUUUAUUUAUCUAUCUAUCUAUCUAUCUAUCUAUCUAUCUAUCUACCAUGUUGUCUCAUCAUAUCUAUCUAUCUUUUUACCUUCUUCAUUAUCUAUCUAUCUAUCUAUCUUAUCUAUCUAUCUAUCUACCAUGUUGUCUCAUCAUAUCUAUCUAUCUAUCUUUUUACUUUCUUCAUUAUCUAUCUAUCUAUCUAUCUAUCAUGUUGUCUCAUCAUAUCUAUCUAUCUAUUUUACCUUCUUUAUUAUCUAUCUAUCUAUCUAUCUAUUCUACAUCCAUAUAUCAAUCUCUUCUUAUCUAUCUAUCUAUCUAUCUAUCUAUCUAUCUAUCUAUCUAUCUUUCUGUUCAUAUCUAUCUAUCUAUCUAUCUAUCUAUCUAUCUUUCUGUUCAUAUCUAUCUAUCUAUCUAUCUAUCUAUCUAUCUAUCUAUCUAUCUAUCUAUCUUGUUUUCUCUCCAUAUCUAUCUAGCUAGUCAGUUCAUAUCUAUCUAUCUAUCUAUCUAUCUAUCUAUCUAUCUAUCUAUCUAUCUAUCUAUCUAUCAUGUUGUCUCAUCAUUAUCUCUCUCUCUCUCUCUCUCUAUCUAUCUGUUUAUCUAUAUUUAUUUCUGUAUAUUCAUAUCUAUGUCUAAUCAUGUCUAUAAAUCUAUCUAUUCAUAUCUGUCUAACUCUUUUCAUAUCUAUCUAUCUAUCUAUCUAUCUAUCUAUCUAUCUAUCUAUCUAAAUUUAAUAGUUAUUUUGAUAAUAAGCAUUCUAUUUAUUCUCUUGUCUCUUUCGUUUCAUUCUUUGACAUUUCACCAUAUUCAUAAUUCUUUUCUUUCUUUCUUUCUUUCUUUUCGCUCUCUUACAUAUUCUUUCUUUUCGCUUUCUUGUUUUUUCUUUCAUUUUCGAUCUCAUUUUCCUUCCUUCCUUCGUUCGUUUCUUUCUUUCUUUCUUUCUUUCUUUCCUUCUUUCUUUCUUUCUUUUCGCUCAAUUAUUUGUUCUUUAUUUUCACUCUUUCUUUCUUUCUUUCUUUCUUUCUUUCUUUCUUUCUUUCUUUCUUUUCGCUGUAUUAUUUGUUCUUUAUUUUCACUCUUUAUUUCUUUCUUUCUUUCUUUCUUUCUUUCUUUCUUUCUUUCUUUCUUUCUCUUUUUACUUCCUUUGUUUCUCAGUUAA